AUGGAAUCCAAUGCUCAAAGCCAGAUAUCUGAGGAGCUCCAGAAAAUUCUGCUCUCGACAGAUCUCUCAUUUUUGAAAUCGACCUUCGAUGAUGAAGAUCGCAAGAAAGGCGCUUCCGUGGUGCAAGACUACGAGGAAGAACUUGAUUUAGAUGAGCAUACUAUGAACAGAUGGACCCCGUUGUUACGGUCGGCAAUCGAGAAUGAUUCUCUCCCGGUGGUCGUGGACGAACUGUACAAUUCAGUGGAAGACCACUUUGAAAAUUUAGAGACUCAGAUACUUCAAGACUCUCAGCUCAGUGACAACUUGACGGUUUCUGUGGGACAAAUAAGUAACAUAAAGGAGAUCAUUGAAGAAUCACUUCUACGUGAAACGGAAGAUCUACAAGGUCAAUUAGCACAAACCACCAAUGACGUAAUAUCCAGGAAACAAAGCUACAUUAACAAUAAGAAAACCUCCACAAAGAUCUCAGAAUGCAUCAUUCUGAUCUCCAAGAUUCUUCAGAUUUUGGAGCUCUCUAACAAGUGCCAAGAUCUGAUAAAGGACGGCAGCUACUACAAAGCGCUUCAGAGUCUAGGCGGUCUUGAACGAAUUUACGUUCAGGACUUCAAAAACUACAACUUUGACUUUUUGAAAACAAUAUAUGCAUCGAUACCGGUAUUGAAAUCCAAGAUCAAAGAUGAAAGUCUGAACCUAAUAAAAAGCUCAUUCAAUUCGAACUUAGAAAGAAAGCUGCUAUCCGUCAGCACCAAAUUCUUUGAUUUUUACAACGAGACUCUGCUUCCUGAUUGGAAAAACUCCAAAAAUGAAUUGAAGCUAAGCUCUUUCAAGUUCAACUCGCCCGUUGAAAUAUCCCUUCGUGAUACUAAGAAAGAGGAAACUCUUAAUCUUGCCACGAUAUUUCCUCUGGAUGAGUUUUACGAUUGCAUUUUGAUUUUUCAAAAUCUUAAAGAGACUAACUACCUCUGCAGCGAGUUUAAGACAGAGUACGAUUUCAGAAUAUCGAAAGUCGCUUAUCCUCUGGACUUGAAAAGUCAUGGCAGCACCACCACGCAUUCCGAUCAAGUGUUAAAGACUGCAGCCCUGUUUGGUGACGAGUUUUCUUCAACAGAGCUGAAAAACUAUAUGCUCAAGAUACUAGGCUUUGUCAUAUACGACAAACAUCUUAACAAAUCGACAGAUUACCUUCUAUCCUACAAAAGUAUGAGUACAAGCGAAAACUUCUGGGAGAUUUUCAUCGCCCGCUUUUCCCCAUUUCUGGAAUACUACCUUACAAAACGCGUCAACACAGAAGAAGAAGUGAUCGAGCUCAAAGACUUUCUAGGGAUCUACAUCGCAAUUUUGGAGAAUUUGAAUGUCGGAGUCGAACUGAUAAACAAGGUGUAUAUUCUCCUUUUCAGGAAGUACGCGGCGCUCCUUUUCCAGGUAUUUGACAUAGAGUUUUCAACUCUUCUUAAGGAUGAUGACUUCAUGCCUCUAACAAUCAAUGAUAAGGGGCUCUAUGAGAAGGUAUUGAGAAUCUGUUGGCUGAAAGACGAUGAGCCAGAGAGGCCGCGCAUUGAGGAUGAAGAGUUUAGCGAACAAUUUUUGGCUACACUGCCAUUUUCGCCAUUGUACCCAAUGUCAUGUACCCUGGUGAAGAAAACUCACAAUAAGCUGGUAACGUUUUUGAGCGAGUUUUAUCGCUCCAAUCUCAGCGAGCUCAAUCAAAUUAUCGUCCAGACUUUAGAUAGUAUUUUCAGCGAGAUUAUCAACGCUAAAAUCCAUGCGAAGCUUGACACUACCUCAAGAGAAGAGAUCGCGCAAAUUUUGAUAAACUUGGACUACUUCAUCAUUGCUGCCAAAGAAUUCAGUCAUAUUUUGGGAAGAGAAAACACAACUUUGAACCCAGACGUCGAACUGACCCUGCAAUCAGUAAAAAUUCUCACACAGUCAAGAAAUCUCACAGAACAGAAACUCAUUGAACUGAUAGACUCCAAAAUUUCCGACCUGAUGGAAUUUGUCGAAUUUGAGUGGUCUGCAACAGCGGUUGAACGAGAACCAAGUUUUUCGGUUAAAGACAUCGCACAGUUUUUGGAGAUGAUGUUCACAUCUACGCUGGUGAAUCUUCCUGAUAGUGUCAAGACUCUUUUGAUCUUUCGUGAGUUCGACGUGUUAACUGGUCGUUUUCUAGAUGUUCUUCUAAAUUUCAGCCCACCCAUACUGACUCCACAAAGUGUACUCAACUUCGAGUUGAACAUGAAUUUCUUGGAGGGUAUCAUUUCCAAAUUAUUUCCUAGCGACGGAGACCGCCCAUCCACGCCCACAAGUCCCGAUUUAGGUGCAGUUCACUCCUCCGAGAAUGCCAGAGCUUCGAAUUUGAUGGACAAUACAAGAAGAUCUCUGUACUCUACAUUUUCGGACCUCAAACAGCAUAUUGAGUUUCUAAAGUCUCCGGAUAUCACUGAGUACAAUGACCCAAGCAUACGCAUGAGGAAAUUUCCUCGCAUUAAACCCGAAGUGGCUCAAAUGCUUCAUGAUAAAAUGGUUUCACCGGCAUCGGCAGGAAUCGACAGCGCGAAUUCGUCCUCGGUUGAUCAGAGUUUUGCAGACUCUCUCGGGUCCCACAAGCGGUUGGCUAAAUUUUUCAAUCGGGCCUAA